CGGAACGCACCAAACUUCACUCCGCUAAGUAUAUAAAACAGAGUGUGGCUGCCGAGAAAAGUGCUCUCUUCAGAAAAUCUCAGUUUUUCGUGGAAAAUCAAGUGAAAAAGCCUUAAAAUGACUUGGGGUUUCGUCACUUGUGGUCCCAACGAGGCGCUCGUGGUGUCAGGAUGUUGCUAUAUGAAGCCGCUGUUGGUGCCCGGCGGAAGAGCCUUCGUCUGGCCAUCUGUGCAGCGCGUCCAGAGAAUAUCUCUCAACACCAUGACUCUCCAAGUCGAGAGUCCGUGUGUGUACACGAGCCAAGGCGUCCCGAUUUCCGUGACUGGCAUCGCGCAGGUGAAGAUCCAGGGUCAGAACGAGGAUAUGCUGUUGACAGCAUGCGAACAAUUCCUGGGCAAGCCUGAAUCAGAGAUUCAGCACAUCGCUCUGGUAACUCUCGAGGGCCACCAGCGCGCCAUCAUGGGCUCUAUGACGGUGGAGGAGAUCUACAAGGACAGGAAGAAGUUCAGCAAGCAGGUUUUCGAGGUGGCAUCCUCUGACCUCGUCAAUAUGGGAAUCACGGUCGUUUCCUACACUCUCAAAGAUAUCCGCGAUGAGGAGGGAUAUCUUCGUAGCCUGGGAAUGGCAAGGACAGCUGAAGUGAAGAGAGAUGCUCGAAUCGGUGAAGCUGAAGCCCGGUGCGAUGCUCAGAUAAAGGAAGCGAUUGCUGAAGAACAGAGGAUGGCGUCGCGCUUCCUCAACGACACAGACAUCGCGAAGGCUCAGCGUGACUUUGAGUUGAAGAAGGCAGCUUACGACGUUGAGGUGCAGACGAAGAAGGCGGAGGCCGAGAUGGCAUAUGAAUUGCAGGCGGCCAAAACGAAGCAGCGCAUCAAGGAGGAACAGAUGCAAAUCAAGGUGGUGGAGAGGAGUCAGGAGAUCUUCGUGCAGGAUCAGGAGAUGCAGCGUCGCGAGAAGGAGCUCGAGGCCACGGUGCGACGUCCAGCAGAGGCGGAGAAAUAUCGCCUGGAGAAAUUGGCUGAGGCCAACAAGAAUCGCGUGAUCCUCGAGGCUGAAGCUGAGGCGGAGUCAAUUCGCGUGCGUGGCGAAGCUGAGGCCUUCGCUAUUGCGGCUAAAGCCAAAGCAGAAGCUGAACAGAUGGCCAAGAAGGCGGAGGCUUGGAAGGAAUACCGUGAAGCUGCAAUGGUUAAUAUGCUUAUGGAUACUCUACCAAAGGUUGCCGCAGAAGUUGCCGCUCCAUUGUCGCAGGCGAAGAAGAUCACGAUGGUCUCGAGUGGUGGUGGCGAAGUCGGGGCUGCGAAGCUCACUGGCGAGGUGCUGGACAUUGUCAACAAAGUGCCGGAUCUGGUGAAACAAAUGACUGGCGUCGACAUUGCCCGUUCCAUGCAUUCCGGCUAAAUGUCCUGUUGUUUUUUCCCUUAAGAAACGUGUGGCAUUUUGAGAUGAGCGCGUUAAACCAGAAAAGGUAUUGCUUUGCCAUCCACCCAUCUUUUAUAAUAUUCUUCUGUUAUUCUUUGUGGCUUUCUGGGUGAAAUGUUUCUCUAUAUCUAAAACUAAUAUUUGGUGUUUGUCCACUUUUUCACUAACAUUUUCACAAACAUCCCUUCAUUGCAAAUUGACUAUCAAAUGCCCAGAAAAUGUCUUGUUACGCCUUGUAUUAUUACUAUUUUGCCAUUCAAUUUUAGUCAAGCAGACAAGUUGUAGACCAAAAAAGAGAAAGAGAUACUCUACUAAUGCCUUUUUGCAAGUGGAAAGAGAAAGAAUAGCGUGAAAUUACUAUUCGAUAUAAAAGAACCUUUUGGAAAAUUCUAUAUUUGACAGUGUGUGCAGUAAUAAUAAUUAAGGAAAUUGUAUUGUGUUCAAAUGAAUUCAGAGUAAAAAUGUAGUUUCUACUGUUUCUAGUGAAGAUUUGGGCAUUAUUGGUAGAAAAAUAAUCCAUUCAGUGUCCACAUAUUUUGUGUUUAAUGUCAAUAAAAUGCAUCUAAUUCACUGCUUUUAUCGUGCUUGAACUUUUUUGUAUCUUACAGUGUGAAAGAUCUGGUGAAUCACCCUGAAAAUUACCCCAAUUGACAAAUAUGACCAAAUCCUAACCGCUCAUGAUAUCUUCAACUGUCCAAACAAUCAAGACAAUCGAACGUGUCUUUUGACAUGAUAUAACCAAGUUGGAAGAAUAUCUUUUUGUCUGCCCAUUUCUGCCUGAUAUUGUACAAAUGAACAAAAUGUUCAAUGCAAUUCAAAGAAGUAUUUGUACAAUUUAGACUAUAUGAACUGUUCAAACACGGCGGCAUGCGUUGUUUAUCUUCAACAGUUAAGAAAAAAUGCAAGGAGAUUAACCAAGGAAUCUCUCUCCGACAAUCGUUUAUUCAAUCUAUGUCUAAACUUGUGUCUGAGCUGGUUAAAUUGGAUUUGUAAAGUCAUAUGACCCGGAAAUGGAGUAAUAAAGACUCUUAUUUGCCAAUUGGGUAUGCUUUUGCAACAGUAUUGCAUAGGAAAUCACAUAUAACCAGUGCCAAAUGGCAAUAAAUAGCCUGAAAUUCCUUUCUGGGUGUUGUAAAUCCUGCAUUUUAUCUAUAGAAUACUACCUUAAUUCAUAAAGUUUCUACCUCAUUAUGAAGGUGAAUGAUUUCAGUGUGAUUCUGCCGAUUUUUCACUCGUCACUUCAUUUUAUCGAUGACAGAACAAUUUAAUAAUCAACAGCAUAACGAUAACACUUUUAGUCAAUGCAGCUAAAAUAAUGCCCACAUAGUCGAUAAAGUGAAGACAAUUGCUUGGAAACACACAAAGUGCAAUAUUUGGAGGAAUUUGCUGUUUCUUUCAUUACUUUUUAAUACACAUUCUCUCAUUUUUCACAUCCGCCAUAUAAUAUAGUCGAAAAUAUAUGUAAUGUUUCUUGAGAACAAACGUAUAAAUAAAUAUUGUGGAAUUCACCAGAAUCAUCAAAAUGUUGAAUGAUUUUCGAUUGAAGAAACCGUGUAACUUGCAAUUUCUUUUAGGAGUGCGAAAUAUAUUGGAUAUUAUACUUA